UAUCCCUAUCUUUGCGAUCGCCUUUUCUCUUUCUCACCCUCCCACCACUUUGUUUUAACUUGUACCCUAUUUACGAAUUAAUGCUCUCUUUUCUUAAUAUCUUUUGUUGUUGCUCCGGAGGAUCCUCGAAGAACCCACAACAAGAUGAAGUCGACGAAACGACUCGGUUGAUCCCAGAAAUUGUGGCCGAACAACCACCAUCGAGCCCAGCUUUGGUGUAUGUUGAUCAUGAAAGACUUCGAGAGAGACUAGGGACUAUCGUGCGGGCUAAAGAAGGAAAAAUGGUCAACGUGAUUCAAAAAUCGCACCUGAGAAGUAGAACCCAUUUCGAUACUCUGGGUCCUGCUGCUGGCCGCACUGCAUCAACUCUACCACCGCAAAAAACACCUCCCAUGGGACUUGGGGAACAUAAUAGUUUCGUUCAGGCUGUCGGACUGGAUGUAGAUCAUGGUCUACCGAGGGGCAAAUCUCCGACACCGUCUGCGAAGGCUAUAUUCGUUUCCCAGGAGGACGUUCAGCUAUCUUUGAGCUGGGAGGAGUGAAAGGUUCUUCUGAUGUGCAAGAGUUAUAAUAUCAGGUUCCGGCGACCAACUUUGGCUUCGUCCAAAAUCCGGUCGGGACCUUGACUUCGCAUUACGCGGCUGCUACAGAACAACACAGCUUUGGGUGGUUUCUAGGAAAGCGGAUGGAAGGAUAUUUGAGUGGAUUAUAUCGGGGUCAUUAGUUGAUCCGUCGUAGGCGUUGACGUUGAAUAACCGGGUUUUCGAGUUUGGACGAUGCGUAGCGUAUAUUCUUCACCAUUAAUCACCCUAUGUAUAUAAUGAUAGUGUUCAUCUAUUUGAUCAAUUUUAUCACGAGAGUCCAUACAGGAGA